GGGACCCGGGCCGGCCCCUCCCGAGCCCUGUGCCCACAGCUGUCGCAGCUGCUUCCAGCACACUCCGCUCCUCUCUGCUCGGGGCAGGUCCCAGCGCUGGGGCCGCUCUAGCUUGCACAGCCCGGCCAGCUCCUUCACUCUGUUUUUGUGCUUGUCUUUCCAGUUGCCUGGCUUGCCAGAAGAAGGGGCUGACAUGGUGGCUACUUGCUUGCACCUAGUUGGAUUUGCCUGUAGCUUUGUCGGCUGGAUCGGCCUGAUCGUGGCCACCGCCACCAACGACUGGGUAGUGACUUGUGGCUACACCAUUACUACCUGCAGGAAAAUGGACGAACUGGGAUCCAAAGGGCUGUGGGCAGACUGUGUCAUGGCAACAGGGCUCUAUCACUGCAAGCCACUAGUGGACAUCCUCAUAUUACCAGGCUAUGUCCAGGCGUGUCGAGCACUGAUGAUUGCUGCCUCAGUUCUGGGGAUCCCAGCAAUCUUCUUGCUGGUUACUGUUCUGCCCUGCAUACGGAUGGGCCAUGAGCCAGGAGCUGCCAAGUACCGUCGUUCCCAGCUGGGAGGAAUCCUGAUCAUUCUCUUGGCAAUGUGUGGCGUCGUUGCGACCAUCUGGUUCCCCGUUUGCGCUCACCGUGAGACCACCAUCAUGAGUUUUGGAUACUCCCUUUACACCGGCUGGAUUGGGUCUGCCCUCUGCCUCUUUGGGGGCUGUGUCGUUGUUUGUUGCUCAGGAGAUGCUCAGUCCUUUGGAGAAAACCGCUUCUACUAUGCAUCAGGAUCUAGUUCUCCAACCCACGCUAAGAGUGCUCAUGUAUAAGCACCACUGAGACUUCCCAGAGCCAUCAUCAGAUGCUUUUGCAGGUGGGCAUAUGUAUUUGGGUUUGCUCCUCCUGUUGCACACACCACUCUCACGCUCCCAGGGGAAGAGUUAGAAAAACAUCAUGAGCGUCUGGAAUUUUAUAGCAUUAACUCCCCCGCCCCGUUGCCAUGAAAGAAACCUCUAGCAAGCAGAGCAGAUAAGUCCUCCUUUAUUUUUUUGCUGAUUCUCCUACGCUCCUGUGUUCAUGACGCUCUUGGAUGGUUCCGUGUUAUCUGGUGGUGGUUUAGUUACUCUUUAUUCCAGCUCACCUGAUUAUGGGAGUGUUAAAGAAAA